AUGGACCUAGCCACGAUACUGUUACUGCUGGAAACGCCUCCACCGAAAGGCGGCUACCAUAACUUCCUGAUCGAGCAUCUGAGCGGCGGCACCGGGACGACCUCCUCGGCCGGUGCCUCGCCCGCUCACAAGCGCCUCUCGCCGACGCCCGGUCCCGGCACGGUUGCGGCCUCUUCCGCCCGCAGCACGCCGAUCGCCGGUCGGAAACUGGGCCACCAUCAGCAUCUGCUGGUGCGGGCCAAAAACUACUACUGCUCCAAUCCGAUGCUUAACAACAGUACCAAUCUCUACUGCAAUCUCGACAUGGAGUCCCUGGAGGAAAUGCUCAAGAAGCUCUCCGAAUUGGAGCAGCGCGUAAUCGAAGCCGAGGAGCGAGCCGAUGAAGCUGAAGAUAAGGUGCGGGCCAUGGAGCAACGACUGUGUGACUGGCCCAAGUCACAGAACUUAACCGGGCCGUCACCAUCACCGAGCAGCAAUCCAGCCGUAGCGGCAGGUGCGCAGCAAUCGAUCGCGGCUGCUGGAACGGGACCGACGGGACACGGCGGUACCGACCCACCGAAAGGUACCGAUCCGGUGAAGAUCAGUCAGCUCGAGUCGGCCAUCGAGGAGCAGAAGCAGCUGCGCCUACAGGACGCCCGGCAGGUCGGUGCCAAGGCGGCCAAAAUUAAGGAGUGGGUCACGAACAAACUGCGCGAACUCGAGGAGCAAAACCAGCUGCUGCGCGAGCAGAACAUCAAGUGCAACCAGCAGCUGGAGUUGCUGCGCAACCACAUUGCCACGCAGAGUACCCGCCACAGUAGCGUCGCUCCAACGCAACCGGUCCGGACCAGCCUGAGCUUGGACGUGCAGGACGUCAAGCGACGGAGUGGCCGAAGGCGUAGCGAAUCGCUUGACCCACCCGAACACCGGUCCCUGCACGCCGGUAGCUCCGGUUCCGGCUCGCACCAUCAUCCCCACCAUCACCACCACCACCACCAUCACCAUCGGCGCAAUCUGUCGAUGGAACCGCAGGAGCUGGCCCGUGACUUGGCGGCGGCCGUCGAUGGUUUGAACCUGCUGCCGCUGAGCCAGCAGCAACCGCACCAGACGGCGGCACAGCCCCAAACUUCCGCUGCGAUGGCCCACCAUCAUCAGCAUCACCCGCCGCACCACCAACAUCCGGCCCCACCGCCACCGGGCGUGGGCGUUAGCCCCGGCUCGGACAUAGACGCCGUACACGACUACGCCGAAAUCUACACACCUUCGCGCGAGAAAGCUCCGGCGUGGUUAAAGGGUCUUCCCAGUGGUGGAUCGAGUACCACCACCUCCGAUUCGGUGGCAGAUCUCGGUACGCCACGACCUCCCACACCACCGCUACACCGAUUCCCGAGCUGGGAGGCCAAAAUCUAUCAGGUCGCUAACGAUGGACUGGCUGGGGCGGGCAGUAGCAAUGGUGUGGGAGAGGAAAACGAAUCCCAAGACCAAGAGUCCGGUUCCGGCAUGACGUCCAGUGUUGGUGGUGUCAACUCACGCUCGCAAACCGUGUCCGGUGGCUACUGUGAUAUCAGCGUACCGGUGUACGCCACCGUUAAAGGGCGUGCAUCACAAAUCCGUUCAAUGCCAUUCACCGGCGAUUCCAGCGAUGACAGCAGUGACGGCGAGGAUGGACACGGUGCGAUGCUAACCUGUGCAACCUCGACGCACAACUCGCACAACUCUACCAGCACGGACAACACGGAGACGAGCACGUCCGGCAGUGCCUCUAGUCCCUCGAAGAGCCUCAAAACCUCCUCUAGUCUCAGUCCGGCCAAACGUUCCGGCUCGGAAAGUCCAAAGAACAAAGGCCGUGGCCUCUCGGAUGACUAUGCCAUCCCACCGGAUGCAGUUUCAACGGUCGAUACGACCUGCAUGGACGCAUCGAUGCCAUCGUUGCUGAUGCGCACCUCGUACGCCGACUCGCCCAACAAGAAGAUGGAAACGCUCGAAAAGGUGGGCCAUCUGGCGAAGCUGGGCGGCAAGCUGAAGACGUGGCGCAAACGGUGGUUCGUCCUGAAGAACGGUACGCUAACGUACUGGAAGAGCCAGCACGACGUCAACCGGAAACCGCAGGGUCAGAUUGCACUGGACGAAGCGUGCCGCAUUAACCGGGCCGACGGUGCAUCAACGUUCGAGAUCGAUACCGGCAAGAAGGUGUACUAUCUGACGGCCGAUUCGAACGCCACCAUGGACGACUGGAUACGGGUGCUGCAGAAUGUACAGCGAAGGAACGCCACCAAGCUGCUGCUCAGCCGUGACGAUCAGAAACCCACGGUACAGGGCUGGGUGACGAAGGUGAAGAACGGGCACGCCAAGAAGUGUUGGUGUGUGCUGCUGGGGAAGAUGUUCCUUUACUUUAAAGCACCCGGCGAAACGAAUCCUCUGGGCCAAAUUAAUAUGCGCGAUGCUCGCGUCGAGGAGGUGGAGCAUGUGUCCGACUCGGACUCGGAAGAACGAGAAGAUCCCGCACAAAGCCAGGCGCGACUCACGGUUGCCAUCUAUCCUCAGCAGCAAGGCGUGGGUCCAACGUACUUGAUACUGCCCGGUAAGCAGGAACGCGAUAACUGGCUCUAUCACUUGACGGUCGUAUCGGGUGGUGGACCCAACGCCGGUACACAGUACGAGCAGUUGAUCCAGAAGCUGAUGGAAACCGAUGGCGAUCCGAACUGUGUGCUCUGGAGGCAUCCGAUACUGCUGCACACGAAGGACAACAUUACUUCGCCCCUAACCUCACUCCAUUCCGAAACGCUCCAAGCGGAAGCGAUCAAACUGUUUAAGAGCUGCCAACUGUUCCUUUCCGUAGCGGUUAAUCAACCCGGUAUCGACUAUCACGUGGUGCUCGCCCAGAACGCCCUCCAGCAGUGCCUGGACAUGCCCGAGCUUCAGUCGGAGCUGAUCUGCGCACUGAUCAAGCAAACGUCGCGCCAUACCGGACAGAAGCUGGGUGUGGGUGUCCAGGUAAACAAGAAACUGGCCAAACCCGCUCGUGCCCCAACCGUUCCGCCGAUCGAUUGCAAAUCGAAUCCUCCGACCUACACCUUCAUACAGGGCUGGCAACUAUUGGCUCUGGCGGUGUCACUGUUUGUUCCGAAAAACAGUCGCUUAUUGUGGUACUUGAAGUUACACCUGUCGCGCAACGCGGACUCCAAAACGGAAUGUGGCAAGUAUGCGGCCUAUUGCGAACGGGCCCUCGAGCGCACGAUGCAAAAUGGGGGCCGUGAGACGAAGCCUUCCCGCAUGGAGGUGCUCUCGAUAUUGCUGAAAAAUCCAUACCAUCACUCGCUGCCCCAUGCCAUACCGGUGCACAUGAUGAACGCGACGUACCAGGUGGUAUCCUUCGAUGGUUCCACCACCAUUGAGGAGUUUCACUGUACGCUGGCACAGGAAAUCGGUUGUCGGGAUUCUACGAACGGGUUCACACUGUUCAGUGACGAUCCGAUUGAAAAGGAUCUGGAACACUAUCUCGAUCCGCAAGCUAAGCUCUGUGACGUUAUCUCCAAAUGGGAAACUGCUCUGCGAGAGAAGGGUUCGGGCAAGUUCGAGAACUCCCGCGUUAUUCAGCUGACAUACAAGAAUCGGCUUUAUUGGAAGCAUGCGGCUAAGCUGGAGACGGAAAAGGAACGUCUGCUGCUCUGCUACCAAGUGAACCUUCAAGUGGUACAAGGACGAUUUCCGUUGUCACGUGAUCUAGCACUGGAACUGGCCUCGCUAAUGGCCCAAAUCGAUAUGGGAGACUACUCGUCGGACAAAUCGAAAACCAACUCGCUGCAGGCGCUCGAUAAAUUCUAUCCCUACCGCUACCGGGAUGCGCUCAACCAGGACGGUCUGAAGGAGCUACAGGAUUUGCUGUCUGCCAAGUGGGCACUACUGCGCGGUCGUUCCAUACUCGAUUGCGUGCGCAUCUAUUUGACGUGCGCACGCAAGUGGCCCUUCUUCGGGGCGGCACUAUUCCAAGCCAAACCACGCCACUCGGAUCAAGCGAUGGCUUGGUUGGCUGUUUCGGAGGAUGCACUCAGCGUGCUGGAGCUAUCGUCGAUGGCCACCAUCGCCCGAUAUCCGUACAGUUCGGUCAUGACGUUCGGCGGGUGUCAGGAUGAUUUCAUGCUGGUGGUCAGUGCGGAGGAUACACUGCAAUCGGUCAACAACGAACAGAAGCUUCUGUUUGCGAUGAGUAAACCGAAGAUACUGGAGAUUACGCUCCUGAUUGCGGACUACAUGAACGCCCUGGGACAUACGCUUCCCGGCACACCGCAAAUGAACACACUCACCCGCAACGGAAGUCAUCGAAGCAUACGAUCCCGCGCACUGCCCGGUUCGCUGACGGGAACGCCCGCUCACAACACGCUAAACUCCCACGCUACCCACGCCAACAACACGCUAACCUCCCACUCGCACACCCUCAACUCCCACGUCAGCCAUACGCUCAGCUCCCACGGUCAGCCGGACAUCCUGAAAAGCACACCAGAUCACCAGCGUCUCAAGUGAGCUGGAUCUCCCGCCUCAGCAACGUUAAGCCAAACGCUUUUCCAUACGGUCCCCAGCAAGAAGUUAAUGAUUUGCAGCGCACUCACUUCAUUGUUGGUUUCGGUUCCCAACAGGAAAUGGGAACCAGUUUAAUUAGUGCGCACACUCUCACUAUUAACGACACAUCAUCUUUGAACGUGGAUAUCAUCCGAUCGAGCUUAACGAGAGCGGCUUUCGCAGCUUGUUUGCAACAUCAUUUAGCGCUAGCUCGCUAUAUUUAUGUCGAUCACUUUUGAUUGCUUUUCAACUUCGCAAACCAUCCAUUGGGAAGCGAAACGUAUCAUCUUCAACAUCAUCAUCAUUAUCAUGGUCAUCAACAUCAUUAUGAUUAAUUAAUUAACUAGCAUUUUAUGUAUAAAACGUGUGAGCUCUGUUCUAUCUUUUAAUCUGAACAUUUUGUGUUUUUUACCGUUUAGGGUCCUUUUGUAGGUUUAACAACGUAGAUCCAUCCAGUUGCGUGCGUACCAGUGCGUGGAUGGAUGGAUAAGUUUAACUAAUUUAAAUAGACAACUCGUCUGGUGCAUCCCGUUUUUUAAUGUGUUAGAUAGAAAAGAUUAAGUCACACAUACACACACACCAUGUUUCACUAAGUCACACACCUAACCAACUUAACAUUCCUUUAGUAAGGCGAGCGAGCAUUAGACAGCUAAGUUGUAAGUGACGGUUGCGGUGAAUAGGAAUCACCUGCACUGUGACCGUCGAUAUUGAAUCGUUUGUUUCAAACUUUGCCAAAGGAGAGAACGGUGCAGUAUCUUUAACCGAUCAGUUUAUAGUGGUGUAGAGUACACAGUCGACGCAUUUAAUUGUACCAUAUUUGAUGGUUUGUGGCAAGCAAACAACUGAACAGGCAUCUUAUUUAAUCGUUUGUGUUAGCCUGAUGACUCUAAAAUCCCUUUUCCAGCUUCUAGAAACCAAAUUCAUGUAGUAUAGUCACUUUAGUUUUUUAAACCUGGUGGUGCUCGACAGACCGAUAAUGACGAAGGAAGGAAUUAUUUUUAAAAAAAGGACAACUCACACUACGGUGAUUAUUUAGCCUGUUACUCGUGUACCACGUAUUGCUUGAUUAGUUCAGGUGUUAAAACAUUUAAUUUUAAUUUGCAUCCCAGUUGCUACUCGCUUUUACUGCAUAAUCCGCCAACAACAGACACCGGUGUGCUGGUAGCCGAAGCGAACACCGCAAGCAACACAAAAUCACAUGAAAAACGAAAAAAGAAAAAAACAAAACGAACAACAAUACAGAAAAUCAUUGUGAUCGAAAUGAAUCUAAAUAUUAACUAAUGGUAAUAGUAACGAGUAAUCUUAGGAACACUUCGAAGAUUGUUUGUAAUGUGAAAAGUGUCGGAAAACAGAAAACAUACUACAAAACACCCCGCCAGAAGAUAAGGGCAUACGAAUGAUUAGAUAUUAGCAGUUUUAGUUUGUUUGUAUACGCGAGCAAGUGUAGCGAACCGAACGAACGUGUUAACCCAUCCGAAACCACAAAUCCCAUUCAACACACAUGUUAAUCCUUGAAAGUGGCACUUAAACUCCGCAUAAACGCAACAC